AUGUUGUCAAACGAUGAAUAUAGAAACAUUAUAUGGAAACUUGAUCACGUACCAGAAAAUCUUCAUGGACAACAACGUCAAAACUAUACACGAUUACUACGCCAACAGACCAAAGAACAUGAAUAUGCAACAAAAUUUAUUCCAUUUGAACCAUUACCACAUAUACCAUAUUUUAUAAAUCGGACAACAACGAAACAGUGUUUACAUCAACUUAUUAAAGCUGCAACAGUAUCACCUGAAUUUACUCUUGAUACCGAAUCAAUGAAUAUAUAUAAAAAAGAAAACAAACCCACAUUAAUACAAUUACAGAUUUUUUUACCACAUCAUUCAUCAUGUGCUCUUAUCAUCGAAAUGUAUCAUCUUCCAAAUGAAAACCAUAUUUGUUUUAAAUUAAUUAAAGAUUUAAUUGAAAUUAUUUUUUCACAAGAUAAAAAACUUUAUACAUGGGGCUCAAUAAAUGAAUUAAAACCGUUCGUCAUAUUUAAAUUAUUUUCAUAUGAACAACUUAAUCGUAUGAAUCCCAUUAAUUUACAAGAAAAUUUCAAAAUAUUUUGGAACAAACAACAUCGUCAUAAAUCAUCUAGUUCAACAUCAUCUAAUAGUUCAAGCGAUAAUUGUCUUUGUGAAGCAUGUAUAGGAAUAGGACCAUCUGAACUUUGGUCUCUCCAGAAUUCCGUUGCAUUUGAAUUAAAUGAAUACCUGCCAAAAAAACUAACAAAUCAAGAUUUUAAUAUGGGACUUGAUCCAAAUCUUCAUCAUACGGACUCCAAAGAAAAACAUCAUCGACAACAACUUAGCACAUACGCACUAAAUGAUUGUCUAUCAAUGCAACGAAUUAUAAUUCAAAUGAAAAAUAAAAAGUUCGAAUUUAAUUCUCAUUUGAUCCAAUAUGAUCCAUAUGAUUUAUCUGAAUUAUCACCUAUUUCUUCAACAGAUGAUGAUAUAUUUUUAUUAACACAACUAUCUUCCAAUCAAUUAAAUAAACAGGACAUUAAAUCUUCGAUUAAUAAUGAUUCAUCAAAUUUACAAAGUGAACCAUGCACUCCAUCUAUUGAACUUCUUGAAAAUAAUUUUAUAUUACCAUCAACUCAAGAAGAUUUGAUCAUGAUUCAUUCCCCAGACCAAUCAACUCCAUCAUUUACUUACACACAUACAAAAUCACAUGAUUAG